GUGACCUAAGUUUAUCUUAAAAUUACGAAGUUAAGCACAGUAUUAAUAGUAGGUAUUUAAUAUCAUUUAUACCAGCGAUAUCAGUUCGCUCGGUCGUGCGAGGCGCGUGCGCAUAUAACUCGUUUUCUACGACACAUAUCUACGCGCAUAAAUAAUAUAUAAUGGGUGGUAACUUUUCCGCUAUGGAUCCGAUGGACGUGCCAGUCCCCGAUCUACCGAAAUUAUUUGAACGCGAUGGUUAUUUGAAGCCCUACGAGCGUGAAAUUCGUCGCAGAUACGGCUGCUUCAAAGACCUAUGGGACCGCAUCGGGUCAUGGGAGGGCGGCGUAGAGGGGUUUACUAAGGGCUACAAGUACUUCGGGCCGCAGUUCCACCCCAACGGCACCGUCACAUGGCGCGAGUGGGCGCCGGGCGCGCAUUCCUUGCAUCUCCAGGGAGAAUUUAAUAACUGGAACAAAACGAGCCAUGCUUUCCGUAAGCUCGAGUACGGUAAAUGGGAGCUUCAGAUCCCACCCAACCCGGACGGUUCGUGCGCGCUGCGCCACGGCAGCCGCGUGCAGCUCAUCGUGAACGAGCACCUUUACCGCAUGUCGCCGUGGGCCAGCUACGUCAAGCCGCACGAGGGGUUCACGUACCAGCACUUUAUAUACAGGCCAGAGCAGCCUUACCAAUUCAAGCACCCUAAAGUGGAACGUCCGGGGUCGCUGCGCAUCUACGAGUGUCAUGUGGGCAUCGCCACUCCGGAGGGCCGAGUCGGCACCUACAACGAGUUCAGGGAUAACGUGCUGCCGAGGAUUAAGAACCAGGGCUACAACGCCAUCCAGCUGAUGGCUAUCAUGGAGCACGCCUAUUACGCAUCUUUCGGAUAUCAAGUCACGAGUUUCUUUGCCGCUAGCAGCCGCUACGGCACCCCUUGCGAGCUCAAGCAGCUCAUCGACCGCGCGCACGAGAUGGGUCUAUACGUCCUGCUGGACGUGGUGCACUCGCACGCCUCAAAGAACACCCUGGAUGGACUGAACGAGUUUGACGGCACAAAUUCCUGCUUCUUCCAUGACGGACCGAGAGGAACACAUGCUUUGUGGGACAGCAGGCUGUUCAACUAUUCAGAGACUGAGGUGUUGAGGUUCCUGCUGUCAAAUCUGCGGUGGUACCAAGAGGAAUACCAGUUCGAUGGAUUCAGGUUCGACGGCGUGACCUCAAUGUUGUACCACAGCCGCGGCGUGGGCGAGGGCUUCUCCGGCCACUACGACGAGUACUACGGCCUCAACGUGGACACCGAGGCGCUCGUCUACCUCAUGCUGGCCAACGAGCUGGUGCACAGCCUGGACCAGCGCGCCAUCACCAUCGCUGAGGACGUAUCCGGCAUGCCGGCGUCCUGCCGGCCGGUCCGCGAGGGCGGCACGGGCUUCGACUACCGCCUCGGCAUGGCCAUCCCCGACAUGUGGAUUAAGCUUCUCAAAGAAGAACGAGACGAUGAUUGGAAGAUGGGACACAUUGUUCACACACUCACUAAUCGGCGGUGGAUGGAGGGAACCGUUGCCUACGCUGAGAGUCACGACCAGGCGCUAGUAGGAGACAAAACGAUCGCGUUCUGGCUGAUGGACGCGGCUAUGUACACACAUAUGAGCACAAUCAGCGAGCCAUCUCCAAUCAUCGAGCGAGGCCUGGCGCUCCACUGUAUGAUCAGACUCAUCACACACGCGCUGGGCGGAGAGGCCUACCUCAACUUCAUAGGCAACGAAUUCGGCCACCCCGAGUGGCUCGACUUCCCGCGCGCCGGCAACAACUCCUCGUACCACUACGCGCGGCGCCAGUGGAACCUGGUCGACGACGACCUGCUCAAGUACAAGUUCCUCAACCACUUCGACAGGGACAUGAACCUAUUGGAGGAGAAAUACGGCUGGCUUAAGGCAGACCCGGCCUAUGUGUCGUGCAAGCAUGAAGGAGACAAGGUCAUUGCGUUUGAGCGCGCCGGGCUUCUCUUCGUAUUCAAUUUCCACACGCACCAGAGCUUCACUGACUACCGCGUCGGAGUCAACGAACAGGGAGAUUACAAGGUGGUGCUAUGCUCAGAUAGCAAGCAGUACGGCGGGCAUGGCCGCGUCGAAUUCGGCGGAUCCCAUGUAACGCAGGGCAUGGGCUGGGGCAACCGCCGGGACUCCAUACAGAUCUACAUCCCGUGCCGCACCGCUAUCGUAUACGCUCGCCACUAAUAUUUCAUGCUAGGUGUAGGGAGCCAAAAGUUGUGCUGUAACCCUGGGUAUCCAGUCAUUCAGUCUGAUUAAAAACUGUGCCAUAAAGAUGUACUCUUAAGAGCAUCUCAGGGUUGCCUACUGCACAAUAUCUAAUUGCAACAAUAGAGACUAUCACCAACAAUUUUGCAGAGUAGACUUUGUGUGCCCUAAAUCCCACUGCUACUUAGUUAUGCUAAGUUAUAUGCCGUUAUAUUAUAGUAAUAAAUGAUAUCUGUAUACUUUUAUAAAGUAAAAGUAGGAACUGAGGUCUCUGUCAACUGGUUAGGCAAAACCACAGAUAUGCAAAACAAUAAUCAAAUUAUUUUUGUUUUUUUAGGGUAGACUUACCAACUUGCCAGCACACUGAUCUUAUUAUAACUGAACUGUCCCUGGACACAGUCAUCAUUCAUCUCCAGAUAAUUAUGGCAAUGUUAUAAAUGGUAAACAGAGUUCCUUCCCCCAAACCCUUUGAGUGGACUGGUGCAGAAGCAGUUGUCAGAGAUAUUUGAUGUUGUUAUUGUUAUUUUUCGAUUUUUUUGUGUUUAUAUGAUUAUUUUGUAUGUAUGUAAAAAUUGUUUUAUAGAGAUUUAAAUGAAAUGCAAUAUAAUUUUACCAUUGA